CCGAAUGGAUUCCAGAUUCCAAUCCAAACGUUUUAUUAUAUCAGUAAGAAUUCCAUUUUUCUCCCAAACAUGUCAGCGCUUUCGGAAGAAAAAUGGCAACAGCAGCGGCAGCGCUUCUUCUCUUUCAUCUCCUCUCCUUCUCCUCUUCUUCUUCUGGAAUUCUCAAAGAAGAUACUUCCGUUUCUCGGGAAUUCUUCCACUUCGAUGGCGACGUGGCAUGGGCCAUCCAAAUAUCCGAUCUUCACGUCAGCUCUUACCACCCUGAUCGCGCCGAUGAUUUGAAGAGGCUGCUCGUUCCUGCAUUGCGUGUCAUCCGCCCUUCGAUUGUCCUCAUCACCGGCGAUCUAACUGAUGCUAAAAACAAGGAAAGGACAACCACGAGGCAAGAUGAAUUGGAAUGGAUCCAGUAUAAGGAGACAAUGGAUGCAGUCAUCAGAGGAAGUGGCAUGGACAAGAAAUCAUUCUUUGACAUAAGAGGGAAUCAUGAUAAAUAUGGAGUUCCGUAUGUUGGUGACAAGCUGGAUUUCUUCUCGAAUUACAGUAUUAGCUCAGAGCUAAACAGGCUUGGCACCAUCCAAAGUGUAUCUCUUGUGGGAAGAGACUGGAAAUACAUCUUUCUGGGCAUAGAUGAUUCGAUGGACAUUGGACUCCGUGGGCCCUCAAAUUUGUUCGGCCAUGUAACUGAUGAAAGGAUUGAAACCGUCGAAUCAGAGCUUGAAUACUGGGAUAGAGAUCCUGAUGCACAAGUCACAAAGGUUGUCUUUGGACAUUUUCCAAUGUCCUUUACUGCUUCUUCAGAAAUGGGAAAGCGCUACGAAAGUAUGUUUGGAAGGCAGUCAGUCUCUGCAUAUCUCUGCGGUCAUCUUCAUGCCAAGUUCAGCAAACAUCUUUGGAAGCUUCAUUCAAUUGAAUUGCCAUCUGAUUCCAAACAGCCAAAGAAAUUACAACAGUUUUGGGAGUGGGAACUAGGAGACUGGAAGGAGUCCAGAUUGAUGAGGAUUCUUGGUAUAGAUGGGGGGCAAGUUUCUUUUGUGGAUAUCGAACUUCUUGCCAGGCAUGAGCCCAAACAGGAUGAUUUCCAAACCACCAUCCUCAUCACACAUCCCAUUGAUUCAAGAAGUAUGAAUAGAAUCAAUUCAGAUUGUUGUAUCUUGAGAAAAGAUAUCAGUGUUCUUGUCUUCUCUUCCAAACCCAUCAUCAACGUGACUGCUAAAGUAUUUGAUUCAUCAAAGGAUUUCAUGUUAGUGGAAGAACUACAACUUCAUGCCACUAGUCCUGCUGACAAUGGACCCUUGUUCCGUGCCAAAUGGGACACUGGCAAAUACAUGGAUGCAUCUGCAUCUCGUUUCCGGCUGCAGGUACUGGUAUUUGAUCAUUAUGGGAAGGAGACUGCAAGUUCUCCAAGGCCAUUUUCGGUUGAUGGUAAACUCGCUCGUUUGCCAAUGACAUGGUUGGCGUAUUUGGUACUUCAUAUAAGAUGGGAGACCCUUUAUUCUGUUCUGCUCUGGAGCAAUGCAGCCUUCCUCAUUGUGCUGCUUUUGCUUCCGAAACUACUCAACCAUUUCAUGGCACGGAAUGCAUCAUAUCAGAAGUGGGCAAUGUCAGUUUCUGUAUCUUUGCCGAUUGGUCAGAGACGGUACUUCUUCUGGCCACUCUGGUUCUUGAUAGAGGGCUCUCGAGAUACAAAGUUGUGGUGGGCCAUGGUACUCUAUCUUUUUUAUUUAUUCAGAUUUCCGUGGUUUUUCGGACGUGCAACAUCAGAGAAUGGCCCAAUCACCAGCAUGUCUAUGAAUGGAUGGACGGUUCAAUUUGCAGACAUUCCGAUUAGGAAAGAUGGGCUUGGCACACCCGACAUAAUAGGGAUCACCCUUCCUUUCAUGUAUCUCAUUGUUAGUCCUUCGUUUCUUCUAAUUUAUUGCUUGGUUGUGGAAAGGUCGGCAUUUUUCAUGCACUCCAACAGGAAAUCAAGUUGCUCAAAGGAGCCGAUAUCUUCAAAGAUGGAUUCAGAGCAUACUGAUGGUACUCCAUCGAAGUCUAGCAAGAGCAUAAAUACACCCCCAUGUAGGAUAUGCAAAGGUUGGACAAGGACGGUGCUUUUGUUGGUGUGUUUCGUUGUUGCCUACAUGCAUUUCAGGCAAUGCUCUUACCUCAUGGCGUCUUAUGGAGUGGGUCCUGUUGCUCUCUCUCCUGGUCUCUCAUGGGCCCCACCAUUAUUACUGGCUGCAUCUGUUUAUUCAACUCAAUCGUCAUCGAAGAGUAAUCGUGCAGAGACAUGAAGAUUCUGGUCCUUUCUGUUGAUCCAUACUCCUCAGAAUAGGUCAUGCUUUAUCAGCAUAGCUACAACAUUCAUCUUCAGUGUGUUGAUUGUGGAAUACGUUGGAUGAUUUAUAAGUAAAUUCAAAGAAUCCUAUUUUCUGCA